UCCGUUUUCUCAACCGAUUUCUUUCUACUCUUCGGCGUGUUUUUUUUCUUCUUUCUGUUGUUGCACGCGCGCGAUGCGAGGGCGCGAGUUGUCGCGAGAGUCAUGAGCUGAAGCUCAACAUUCACGGAUAUUACUCAACGAUUGGUUGAUUUCUCAAAUAAAAAUCUCGAGGAGUAGUAUCGUAUACGUGAAGUGUCGAGAGAAAACAAAAAAGCAUGGGUGCCAUCGGCUGUCGAGUGCAGACAAAUCUUGGUCUUGUACUUCUCGGGAUUAGCUUCCUUGUAAGCAAGGCGCACGCGAACGUGCAAAGCAAGGUGCGAUGCUCCGAGCAGUCCAUGGAGGUUGACAUCGCCAGGACCACACCGCAAGCCCUCAUAUAUCUUCAGCAGCUCAAGAAUUAUCCUGACGAAGCCUGCAAACCCAAACUGACCAAUGGCAUAGCUACGUUCACGCUGUCGCUGCUUGAAAAGGACUUGUCUCGGUGCGGGGUCAUGAGGGUCACCAACAAGCUUACGGGUCAAAAAAUGUACUAUCACAGGAUAAUAAUAGAAGAACCUCAGGGUCAAGCAGCAACGGUAGCAGCAGCAGCAGCAGCAACAGCAGCAACAGCAGCAGAAGGCUACGGAUCGAAACACACCAUUACGGCCAAGUGUAGCAUUACCGAAGUGGUCGUUCAACAGCCAAAUGCCGUCGUGGCAACGAAUCACACAGUCUUCACGAGGAGCGUCUUACCGGAAGACUUCGAAGCCGACGCAAAUACGCAAGUGGCUGGUGGUGUCGUGCAGACGGCAGCGACACCAAUUGUACUGUUCAACGUGAGGCAAGGCAAUAAAAUCAUCAAAGACGAAUUAGUUGUCAAGCCUGGAACGCCACUGCAGAUGGAAAUAUAUCUGGACGAGGAAGCAGCCAAGGUUUAUGGGAUUCUUGUGACUCACAUGCAGGUUACUGACACCCAUAGCCAAGAGGAGACCAUCAUUUACAAUGGAUGUUCGGUAGAUCCGUACUUGUUCGAAAACUUCGAGACGGUGAACGGACACUACUUAUCCGCCAAGUUCCGCGCCUUCAAGUUCCCGGAGAGCAGCUACGUGCAGUUUCAUGGUACCGUUAGCGUUUGUGUGGGCAAAUGUCGCGGGAUUGAAUGCAGUAACGGUAGGAUCGGUUACGGCAGGAAAAGGCGAUCUGUGGAAGCACAACACGACGUAAAAAAUGAAAUUUACGAAACGGCCGUUGUUAUUUUUAUGAAGGUAGAAUCCGACGAUUUGACCGACGAAGAAAUAUCUAAAUUCAUUCGCAAAGGAAAAACGCGCGAGAGAUUGGUGAGAGCCGAGGAUGCUGGAGACCAUUUCAAGUACAAUACCAUAGCCGCAGUGUCGGACGCUUCGACGAGCAGCAGCAGCAUCUUCGUCUGCAUCAUCUUCGCUUUUCUAUGCAUCGACAGGAUCCUGUAAAAU